UAAAAUGCACACACCAACCCCUCUUUAUUUCCCUCUACCAAUACAUUCAGAAUCAUCAAAUCUUGACAGAACAAGGAGCUUGAGAGAGAAACAGAGGAGAAGAAGAGAAAUGGCGAUACCGCAAUCAUUCUACAUGUCCUGCACCGGCGAUUUUGCGUAAAAAAUGCCUGUACCAGCUGGUUUUGUUGAAGAUCACGAGCUGCAUCUUCAACCUGAACUCUGAAAACGCAACCGGCGGCGGCAUCUUGGACCGUCAAGCUCAACAAAAUCGACGGCGUUUUCUACUUGGUGGAUGGCUGGUCCAAGUUCGUCACCGACAACAACAUCCUCGAAAUGAAGAUGCUUUUCUUCCACAUCGUCGGAAAUUCCUCUCUCCACGUCGCCAUUUUCGGCGACGACUCCUGCCUCGAACUCGGACCAGAGCUAGAAACUGAAGAGCAGCCAGUAAGGCCGAUGAUCAGGUUUGUGAAGCAAUUGAAGGAGUACCAUUUCUACGAUCAAAGACUGGAGAUCCCAAAAGAGUUCUCUGAUGCGACGGCGGUUGGAAGUGAAGACAAGAUAACACUACAAGAUUGGAAAGGAAAGAAGUGGACGGUCUCCAUAACCGACCGGAAGAAUGGGGCUCGUGCUUUUAGCGGUGGAUUGAAGAGAUUCCUGAAUGCAAACAAGUUGAAGGUUGGAGCAAUCUUGUUGUUUGAUUUCGACAUGGAUUCUCCUGAUGUGAUUAAGGUUGAGGAGCUUGGAGAUCAAGAUGGACAGGGGAUGCUUGAUCGAGCUACUCGUGGAGGCUUCAUUCACUCUCGCUGCAAUUAA